GAGAAAAUGGCCGACUCGAGUGCUGCUGCUGCUGAUCAUCAUGAGCCGCUGCAGGCUCCCGUUCCUAAGCCGCGGCCUCGCAGGACCAGGAGUGCCUGGACUACCGCAACUGUCGCAGCAGCUCAGUCAGAGACGUCGGGAGCGCCGUACGAGAGACUGAGAGGAGCCUCCGAAAGCGAGGUCCAGGUCCCUCCAGUAGUCCCGGCCAUACCUGUGCAGGACUCGCUAUUCUCUGGUAGAGCGUGGACUAGUGUGGUUGACAGCGAGGACCUGUACCAGGCUGCAGCACUGCCUCUUGAGCGUGCCGGCGAUGGUGGUCCUCCAUCAUCAGCACACAGUGACCUCAAUGGCCAGCUACAAUCCCUGACUGAGAGACUAGCUGGUGUUAGGGAAGAGGAGGAGGGCAUUAGACAGAGCGUUGGGGAGCUAAAAGAAGAGGAGUUGGUGAUGAGAGAGAGGGUGGGGGAGCUAAACGAAGAGGAGGCGGGCAUUAGACAGAGGGUGGGGGAGCUAAACGAAGAGGAGGUGGUGAUGAGAGAGAGGGUGGGGGAGCUAAACGAAGAGGAGGCGGGCAUUAGACAGAGGGUGGGGGAGCUAAACGAAGAGGAGGUGGUGAUGAGAGAGAGGGUGGGGGAGCUAAAGGAAGAGGAGGCGGGCAUUAGACAGAGGGUGGACCGACUGAGAGACGAGGAAAACAGGCUGAAGAGAGCUCGUGAAGAAAAGGAGAGAGAUGCUACUGCUCACUUAAAUAAGAUGAAGGGAGAGUUGGAGAAGAGAGUAGAGAGGUUGAGAGAAGAGGAGACUAGACUGAGCGCAGUCUGCGACGAGAGGCAGCGACAGAAAACUGCUCUCGAGUCAGACUUUCACACUGACGACGUAUUCAGACAGGUACGUACGUACGUACAUAUUUACAUCUGUGUGAUUGAACUGUGGUAGCUCAAGAUUGGCAGAUACUGAGUUACAGGUACAGGAGAUGCUACUGGGUCCUACCGCUCAUCUAUGUACGUAAUUAUACAUUUGGACAACAAGACUUGGUGGUUUACUGUUGCAAGUUAUACUUAUCCAUAAGACCGCGCCCAAUACUGGGCAGGGGGAAGUUCAAUACACCACUAACUAUACGCAGGCCCAUUCCGCUAAUUGAUGGGUGGGGUCAUGCUGUUGUAGUGGUCUUUCGUAGCACCCUGACACUGGCUAGCUACACUACUAGAUAGUUAUGCAAGUAUAUUAUAUAUAGAGCAUAAACCUGCUCUGUUUUAUGGCAAAGCUUUCUUCAUGCUAUCUUCAAUUUAACCAAGUGUGAAUUCGAAGUUUUAAACUGAUCUGAAAACCCAGGAAAGGUGUUGGUUGAUCUAAACAGCAGGACGGUGGCCAUGGAAGUCUGGUUCCUCCCUUCUCCCCUCUCUCUCUCUCUCUCUCACUCAGAGAGAGAUGGAGCUGCAGAGGCAACUGGACGAGGCCAGCGACAGAGAGUCCGCCAACAGACAGGAGAACCUCAGACUACAGCGACUGGCCGACCAGCUCCACAUGCAGAAGAAGGACCUCGACCAUCAGAGGUUUGACCUCGAGAAUUUCGGAGGAGAUGCUUCGGAGGAAACGAGGGUUGAACUGAGAGAGAGAGAGCGGAGGCUGGAGGAGAGGGAGAUGAAGCUGAUGGACGUUGAGAGGGAGUUGGAGAGGAGACAAGUCAACUUUCAGAAGUGGAUGAGAGAGGAGCAGAACAGGUUGUCGCAGCAGGAGUUGCAGGGGCCCAGCCAGUCAUCCGUUCCUCCCUCCUCCUCCUAUCACCAUUCUCACACCGUCACACACCCCCAGUCCCACGCCUUCCCACCCUCACACCCUCCCUCCUCCUCCUAUUCCCACGUCACUCCGCGUCCCACUGUGUCGCCGUAUGGAGGAUACGCUCAUCAGUUUGCUCCUGAUAUUAGUGGCAGUGAAGGCACUGGUGGUUAUUAUGGGGCCAGCACCGUUUAUUACACAGGUCCUCAGUCACAACCCUACACUGUGGCCCAGGACACUUCUCACGACUACAACUACUCACCAGUCUUCACUGGGCACACUUCACAGUUCACCCCCUCACACCCUCCCCUUCCACACUCCUCACACGCUCCCCUUCCUCACUCCUCACACCCUCCCCUUCCUCACUCCUCACACCCUCCCCUUCCUCACUCCUCACACGCUCCCCUUCCUCACUCCUCCCAUGCUCCCCUUCCUCACUCCUCACACCCUCCCCUUCCUCACUCCUCCCACGCUCCCCUUCCUCACUCCUCACAUCCUCCCCUUCCUCACUCUUCCUCCUCCCCAUCCUUCAAUAGAAGCACCAUUACUGGAGGAGGCAGAAGUCACGGAGAAAGGAGCCAGAGUGGGCAAGGCUACAAUGAUCUUUCAGAGCGUCCACCACCUCCUUCCUCUUCGCAUUCCCAACUCGCUGGUCUUCCUGGUGUCAUUAGGAGUGGGAGUGGUGACCCAGCAGGGAUUAGUGGAGUGGGUGUGGUCAGUGGUGGGGUGGGUGUGGUCAACAGCGGAGGGGGUGUGGUGAGUAGCCAGCCGAACCCUCAGACCUCUAGCAGGGCCAGAGACAGGAUCAAUGAGGUCAAGGAAGUGGCCCACCAGUAUCCAAGAGAGACCAGACACCCCGGUCAGACAACUGAUGACAUCAGUGCUGAUGCAGAAAUGGCCAGGAGACUUCAGCAAGAGCUAAAUCGGCCUCCUCUGGUUGACCAAGACCUCCAGCUAGCUCUCGCCAUGUACGCCGAUACAAAUGAGGAGCUGCCUGAGCUGUCGAAUCCUGAGGAGUGGCAGAGAUUCAUUGCCAAGAAACUGAAGGAGGAAGAAGAGAUAAAACUACAGGAGGAGAGAGAUGCAGAGCUUGCCAGGAGAUUGCUGGACCCUGAUGAGGAAGGCAGACUCAAUAAUCUGGGCUCCUAACCUCCUCCCUCCCUCCCCGUCCCUUCCCUGCUCACAACAUGGUCUUUGUUACCUGACAUUCUCGAGUGUGUCUGUGUGUGUAUAUAUAUAUACCUAUGUGUAAUUUUUCAGCAGUUUAUAUCUUAGUCAUCAAGCACUGGUCUCAUACAUUUUAUGAAUCUGAGUUUUUGUAUAAUAUAGCAGUUACCACUGGUUUUGUUUAUACUGUCUGUGAUGCUAUAUAAUAUAGCUGGUAGACAUGCGUUUAUUUACACUACAAGACUUGGUGACGAGUGAAUCUAUCAUUGCUACUAUACAUUGUGUCUGUUCCAAGUCAUGAAUAGAGUUA